CCGCCUAUGUGUGUGUGUAUGCCUAUUUAAGCCUAUGGCCCCUCCUAUCCUAGGGUGGUUGGCCCGGGCCCCGCCAGGUGCCUCUAGUGUGCCUGGCGUUGUUGUGGUGCUCGGACGCACGCCGUAAACAAAGUUAUAUUUUAUCACUUUUUCCACCAUUUCUAGGCCUUAAAUUCUACUGCAACGCACAGGAUACAAGGAUGAAGGGUCCCUAGAGGUGAUGGUGAAGAGGGUCAUCACAGCUGCCGCCAUGACAACACACGUCCUGCCCCCACUGCUCCUCCUGGUGGCUUCCUUCACCCUCCCCUCCUGGGGUCAGGUAGUGCUAGAAUUGGCACUUGCGUCAGGCAGCAUAGAACCCAACGCUGGAAGUAAUGUCACACUUAGCUGUCGGGGACGAGGCGACCUCCUGCAGUGGCGACAUGGGCACCACAAUAUUACACUUGUUCCCCAUCCUACAUCAAGGCCAAACGAGGACCGGUGGCACGUAGAAAUUGUCAAGGAGAAACCAAGGGCCAUCAGGAGUAACCUUACCAUCAUGCAUGUCACCUUAAGGGACUCCGGCCACUACCACUGCCAGAUCACCAAGACUAACAGGGACAAGGUGGCUGAGGAUAACAUCACUCUUCAUGUACAGGCAAGCCCAGUACUGAGGGAGGCUCGCAACACCACAGUAAGGGCAGGGCACAAGGCUCAGCUCUCCUGCACCUUCUCUGCUGCGCCUGCCCCUGAGGUGAACUGGCUCAGGGGGAAGGUGAUGCUUGAUAAGAUAAAGGACUACACCAUCAGGUCCAAGCAAGAGUCUGGCCUCCACCUGUCAGACCUCCUGAUUGACAACGUUACCCUCAAGGACAAUGGAACAUACAAGUGUGUUGCCUCCAACUCUAAGGGUCCUGGAGACAGGCCAGGAGAACCCAUCCUUAUUGUGCAAGACCUACCAGAAGUGAACCUGACGCUGGUGAGGGCGAUUGGCACCUCUCAGAUUCAGAUGGAGUGGGCUGUGGUGGACAACAACUCCCCUGUACAGCAAACUAAAAUACUGAUUGCUGCUGGAGACGCAGAUUUCGGGGAACCAUCAUUGUUGGCCGGGGACCAGCAGGACAUCAUAUUGGAGGACGUCGGCAGCGCUGGCCAGGACGUGCGAGUCAAGAUCCUGGUGGCCAACGAGAUCGGAGAGGCAGAGAGCGAGGAGGAGAUUGUGACACUUCUUAGUGAAGAGCCAAGCUUUGUGCCGGUGGCUUCUCCCAAAGGCUCAGGACAGAACUCCUUCACUGUGGGAUGGACUCAGCCAAGAGAGGAAGCAAGGGACCUUGUAGGACGCUUCCACCUCUUUCUGCAGGAGCCAGAGUCAGGGGACACACAGGAGCUGUUCCUCCCUGUUACGGCAGUUGACCACAUGUUCACCAACCUCAAGCCGGCCACUGAGUACACUUUUCAGGUCGCUGCCUGCAAAGACGUCUUCCCAGAGAAGGAGAAGGACUGCGGGAAGUACUCCCAGCCAGUGAGAGGCAAGACAAUGAACGGCAUGCCCGGUGUCAUCUCUGACCUGCUGGUGAAGUGCAAGCAGAACCUGCACACCAACACCAACACGGUUCACAUCCACUGGCGGCCGCCCAUCACCUCCAAUGGUGUCAUCGACCAUUACAAGAUAGAACUGAAGGGAAGUGCAUCGUACAUCAACGAAGAAGGACAGAGACAGUUUGACAAUACAGAACAUAAGCAGAAUGUGGCUGGCUCACUAAGGAACUAUACCUUUCAUGGUGCUCUGCCCAAUACUAAUUAUACAGUGAAGGUGUAUGCAGGCAUCAGGCGACAGUACAGCUCCCCCAUGAAUGCAGUGUGUAGCAUGCCCGUCUCCACGCCACACCCGACACACAUCAAGAAGUGGUGGCUCUAUCAUCAUGACGGCCGCAUCGUCCUCAGGCUGCCCACACCGCACGUCACUGAGAGGAACGGCACUAUUUGCUGCCACAGGGUGGUGGUGAUGAAGCUGGAAAAUGGUGCCUCCCUGGAGAUGCUCCCUGAUCCCAGCAAGAUUCCUCUCAGCACAUAUGAGGAAGUGCACAGUUCGCCCUCCUCCACAGGCGCCUAUGUUGCUGAGGCUUUUUCUGGGUGGCACAUCAAGGACAAGUAUCUCCUGCUGGGGGAUGGGAAGGUGGCAGGGAACUGGUCCUGGGGCUGCUCCUCCUGCCUUGGAAGUCCCACUGGGGAUCCCACACCCUCCCACAGCACAGACAACCACCCCACCACAGCUCCACUGACUCGAGGCAACCGCAGGGACCUUCUCUCCCUGCAGAAGGUGCCCCCGCUGGUUGAUGGGGUGUUGUCCAGUGAGGCAAACUACACCGGCUUUGUUAUUAUGUCAGUGCCUGCCAAGGAAGGGAAACUGCUCACCACCUACACAGACUACCUGCCCAUCAUCCAGCCCAAGGAGGAGGUGAGGACGUACGACCCUGACCCGUCAUCCAGCAUAUCCGAGAUGCAGAUCAUAUACGUGGCAGCGGGACUUUUCACCUUCCUCCUCCUCCUCACCUUCACCCUCUGCUCUCUCCUGUGCUUCUACCGCCGCAGGAACAAGCACCUGGAGGAGGAGGAGGUGGCAGAGAGUCUUUCUGGCUCCCUCGGGAGAAUAUUCAGGUCUCUGCGCCGCUCCCACACUCUCAUGUCCCAGCCAGCCGUCGAUGUGAAGCCCAUUCCACGUGAUGAGUUGGUGCCCCAGUACAUUGAGAAGCUCAAGGACUCUGAGCUUGGCUUCCGCAGAGAGUAUGAGGCCCUACCUGAGAAGUUCUAUGACCGCACCAGCAGAGCAUCAGACAUGAUCGAAAACGCCCCUAAGAACAGAUACCCAGACAUCAAGGCUUAUGACCAAACGCGGGUGAAGCUCUCGCAGAUCAACGGUGCCAUUGGAUCAGACUACAUCAAUGCCAAUUAUGUCCUGGGCUACAAGGAAAGGAAGAAGUUUAUCUGUGCCCAGGGCCCAAUGGAAACAACAGUGGAUGACUUUUGGCGGAUGACAGUGGAGCAAGGGUGUGGCGUGGUGGUGAUGCUGACCAACCUGGAGGAGACUGGCAAGGUGAAGUGUGUCAAGUACUGGCCUGAGGCGGGGCAGCCCAAGACCUUUGGCAACAUUACUAUCUACCUGGUGAAAGAGAAGGCUUACUCAGACUUCAUGGUGCGAACACUGAGGGCUGAGUGGGGUGAAGGAGAUGACCUGCACACUCACGAAGUGCGCCAGUACCACUACCUCCUGUGGAAGGACUUCAUCGCCCCGGAGCAUCCCACGGGCGUUCUCUCCUUCCUGCGCAGGAUCAACGAAGCUUACUCCCAUGAGCAGGGUUCCCUACUUGUGCACUGCAGUGCUGGUGUGGGCCGCACUGGCACCCUGGUGGCACUAGACUCGCUUGUCAUGGAGCUGGAUGAAGAAGGUCAAGCCUCCAUCUUUAAUGUAAUCUGUGACCUGCGGCACCAGCGGAACUUCCUGGUGCAGUCACUGAAGCAGUACGUGUUCAUCCACCGUGCCCUGAUGGAGUACGCACAGUUUGGCAACACAGAGCUGACCAUUGCCCAGCUGAAGGAGAUGUACAGUAACCAUACACAUCAUGACAGCAUGGAUGACGCCUCACCACUGGAAAAGGAGUUUGAGCGUCUUGGCAAGGUGGUGGAGGACCGGAAACCUUUUGCCAUUGCCACCAGUGAGGAAAACAAACCCAAGAAUCGUUAUGAUUAUGUCCUUCCCUACGACUCAAACCGCGUUAUCCUGGCGCCACUCUCCACUCGGCCUUCCUCCACUUACAUCAAUGCCUCCUUUGUCACUGGGUACGACCUGGCGGAGUCCUUCAUUGUGACACAGGACCCCAUGGAGAACACAGUGGCAGACUUUUGGAGGAUGGUGUUUGAUCAGGAGGUGAACACCAUUGUCAUGCUCUCCGAGGUGCGCCAUGAACAGCUGGGCAGUGGUGAACAAUGCUGUAACAAGUACUGGCCUGAUGAUGAGGAGACUUACGAACACAUCUGCGUCAAGCUGGUGUCGAGUGAGAGCUACCCCAAGUACUCGUGUCGUUCCUUCCUCCUCACCAACACCAAGAACAGCGACGUGCUCACUGUGACCCACUUCCACUACAUUGGGUGGUCAGGGCUGCUGGGGGAGGUGCCUCUGGUGACCCAUGGCAUUAUGGAAAUCAUCACUCGUGUCCAGACCCACACUGACGCCACCCUCUCCUCGGCUGCUCCCACCCUCGUCCACUGCUCGGGUGGUGGGGACAGAAGUAGUGUGUACGUCUGCCUCAACAACUGCUUGCGUCAUUUGCGCCGUGAGGGCCGGGUGGACGUGUUCCAGACCUCCAGGAGAAUAAGGGCUCUCCGGCAGUUCCAACUCCAGGAAUUUGCCCAGUAUGAGUUCUGCUACAAGGCACUGGUUGAGUUCAUCGACAGCAAGGGUCUGGAGAACCUCUGAGGAAGUUGCUGCUACACCAACCAGCAUUAGCUUGACACAAUCUUUAAGAGUAUGAAUUUUAAUACUUAAGCAACCACUGCAGGGAGUGAGGGUGGAGUCAUUUGUGUAUUUCUGGAGCAAGAUGGCUGGUGGGGACGUGUGCCGCCCAGCAGAGGUGGGUGCAGCACUCUGUUCCGCCAGGCUUUGGGAAUUGAUCUGCUAGAGUAGUUUUCUAGGUGGAGCAAACCAAGUGGCAUACCGUCAGGUGCGACUGAAGUCUGUUUUGAUGGUGAGAAUCUCCCGCCACUAUCCAGAGGGAGCCCCAGGGCCACGUCCCUCACACACCUUGGCUCUUUGGUCAAGCUGUUUACUUAGUUCUGUAAGGCAUAAAGGUCACAUUGGAGACCGGGUUAUGCAUUGGAUUGACUCCAGUCACUAGUGUGCACUCCCAGGCUCAGGAUUGAUAGCAACUUUGAGUCACAUCAAAAUGUCAGUGAAAAGUUUCCCUUUGCAGCACAACACAGUUCCUGCAGUAGUGCACACAAGGGACUUGGCUUGACUUGCUAGUGGGCCAGGAAAGAGGCGCGCAGCAAGGGACCUGAGUGUCCCGGCCGUGGGAGUUGGUCCAUCGCACUGGUCUGUCGUGCGGUCCCAAGCUUAGCCGAGAGAUGUGCAGUGUGGCCAGAGGGAAGCAUCUCCAAGGCCGGGCAACUGCUGCUGGGCCUUUUUGCUGCCCUAUGCUUUUAUAUUUUAAUUAAUCCUGUAUGGUUUGAUGGUCCUGUAAGCUUGCUGAGUGUCUCUCAGUUAUACAGCAGUGUUUUCUUUGAGCUUAGGCUGUGGAGUGUCUGCCAAGAACAUACAUAUCCUGGCUGUGAGUGAGGGUAUGUCUGUGGGCAGGAAGUUUUGCACUGUAACAUGUGGGAGGGACUAGAGAUGUAGGUUAUCACUCACAAAAAGAGGCAAAGGUUAAAACAAUUAUUCAUGAUAAUUACUAAACAUUAUUCCCUUCCUAAAAAUUAUAUCUGAAUAGCGUCUGUCAUGAAAUUUUGUACAUUUUUACAUCACAUUUUGCAUUUUUAUGGAUAUUUUUAUAUUUAUUUUUAAGCUGUGAUAAAUAAGGAAAACUAAAGCAAGUAACUUAAGACCGAGGGCACAAAACAAGGACUUCCGGUAGAGUGUGUUACAGAGGCAGGACCCGCUGUGCUCAAGCUUCUUAGUCAUCAUUGUUUGUGCUUGUGUUGUUGCCUCCCUCAAGUGACCCUCAUCCAGAUGGAGCAGGAUGCAUUGCCGGGUGUUUGGGGGAUUAGUAGGCCAAAAUUUGGUGUCCUCUGAAACCUGCUGUAUUUGCCAGAUCUUAGCCUGUUUUGUACAUAGCAGAACAUUUUGAGGGAAGAGAUCAAAUGGUACUUUACUCUUAGUCAUUUGCUUUAUCAGAAUGGGGGUGUACUUUAUAUGCACAAUUUUCUAUAUCAUUUAUAUUUUAAGUGAAAGUGGUCUUAUCAUAAGGUACUAAAGCAUCCCAAGUUUAUGUCAUUUAGUUUGCAUAGGCAUAUUACAGUUUUAUUUAUUAUUUUUUAUGUCAUAAGCAACCACAUAGCUUCUGAGUUGAAUUUUGCUGCUACACUACCACCUCUAAGUUUGAAUCAAUUGUUAUAGUUUCAUGUAUCUCCUCACCCAUCCUAUGCACUGAGAGAGCUGGCCAUGCGUCAGUGUUUAGGUCAUUGGUUCUAUUGCACUUGUAUUAGUUUUCCGUAGUCCGAUCAUUGGCCAAGUUGUGUGUCGUCCCAGUGAGCACAGUAAUCCUCUGCUGCCCAUAGUCAAAGGGAAAUACUAAUCACAUACCUGGUGUUUGUCUUUUAGUGCAGCAAUAUGUGGAAGAAUGGUAUCCUUGGGGCACCGUGGCAAGCAUGAUAGUAAGGUGUCAUUCCUAGAGGAUGUUGUGUCAUGACUUUCUGUAUAGUGAAAGGUGGUGCUGAUGUGAAAUGUCUACAAGGACUUGCUGGUUUUGUGUGUGCAGUGUGAACCCUUAGCCAUGGAUACACCAUUUCCAUUGUGCCUGUUUUCUCUCUACUGGCAAAUUAUUGAGGUUUUCCCUGUAAAUCUUGGUACAUUUAAUUUUGCUUUGUGGAAAGGAAACUCUUAACAGGACAAGGCUGUAUUGGUUGAUGUGUGUGUGCAGGGAGCAAGGGUCUCAUGAAUGCACCAGGGGACCAUGUCUUAAUGCUGACUACCAGAUACCUUGAUGGUACACCAGGUCAGUCCUCACUCCACACACAGUCUUCAGGUGUCACAUUAUUCCCCACGGCUUGUUACAGAGAGUUUGUGCAUCCCUCAUCUCUGUUGCCAAGUGUGGAAACAGGAACAUCACCGAACAUGAUUGCUAUUUGUUGCGAUUCAAUGGGGUAUCAUAUUUGUUACUCCUGCAGAAUUAACAGGUCUUUGUUGGAGGUUUAGGGGCAUAUUGCAAACUGUUAGAAGCCAGUGAUGGGAAGACCUGGAGACAAGUGGUAAUGGAGUGAGGACUAGAGGUCACUGCAGAGCUUCAAAGGGAUGCAAGACAGGGCCGAAUCAUAUCACACUUUAUACGAAGGAUUACGUAUCUACAACAAAGUGUAUAGUGAAUAACCCAACCCCCAUCAUACUAAUUUUCUCUGGUAGAUGAAAGGGCAUAUGUAUGUCUUCUCAUUGCUCAUUAUUUUUCAUGUUUUUUUUUUUUUUAGCUGUUAUCAUUGUUUCAGCUGCUACUGCUAUUACCACUAUCACUCUGUUACUACAACUACUUUCUAGCAGAUGAGGAAAGGCAUUGGCUGGCAUGAUAUUUUAAGGUUGAUAUAGGUAGAAUUAAUCUUUUCUAUGAACUGUGUCUUGUGUAGGAUAAGGCUCUCAACUUGUGUGUGUGUGUGUGUGUGUGUGUGUGUGUGUGUGUGUGUGUGUGUGUGUGUGUGUGUAUGUGUGUGUGUGUGUGUGUGUGUGUGUAAGGCUACUUUGCAUUUGUUUUUUGCCACGUUUGGUUAAGAAUCACCAUGAGCUUUAGAUUGACUGAAUCAAAUGGGAGGUGUGAGCUUGUUUCCUUAUUUCCUGUUCAUACAAUAGAGGUGUUGGUUGGGAUGCCAGUCUGCGUCUGUCUGUCUGUUGCACUCACACUCACUCCAGUUAAGUAACACAGAGCUUCGUUCCCAAGACUUGAAGUUCCUGGUGUGUGUUUUCUCUUGCUGUCGUCUUACAAAUAUUAUCUUGACGAUGACUUAGGAGUUGUAGAAAAGAAGUCAGUGUUAUUAUUGCACUUUGUAGUAAUAUACAGUUUACAAUUGAAAUUUAAAAACGAUAGAAAUACAAGUAGUCCUGUAAAGCCAGAAUGAUCCAGGGGAAGUGGUAGAUUUAUUUAUAUACUUAUUAUGAAAAGAUACAAGACACUGAAAUGAAAGGAUUAUUGAUUUUAUUUUUAUUAUUAUUAUUACUAUUAUUAUCAUACUAUUAAUGCAGAUAAUUGGUACUAAGUAAAUGAGAAUGUAAUGCAGUCACUUUUAGGUUAUUUAUAUUUUUAUUAUGGUUAUGACAUGGUGUGUGUAUGUGUGUGUGUGUAUGUUCCUUAGCUUCCUUGGUGUAGGGGAAAGGGUGGACGGUGAGCUGGUAAGGUAGUAGUGGUCGUGAAGAUUAGGUGGAACUGUGGUUGGACUGGUGUGGGAAGAAGGAGGAGGAAGAGGAAGAGAGGGAGGUGUUUGGCCAAAGAGGGAAGGGAAUACUAGUUUAUUUGGAUUACAUAUUUUGAUAUUAUUAUUAUUAUUAUUAUUAUUAUUAUUAUUAUUAUUAUUAUUAUUAUUAUUAUUAUUAUUAUUAUCAUUAUUAUUUUUAUUUAUUAUUAUUAUUAUUAUUAUUAUUAUUAUUAUUAUUAUUAUUAUUAUUAUUAUUAUUAUUAUUAUUAUAGGUGAUAUUUCAGCAUUCAUUGCAAACAUAAUAGAUAUUUAUAAAGACUUGCAUCAUUGCUUGUUCCACAUCAUCUACUAGGUGGGGUCACACCUCCAUUGGUGCUCUCUGUGGUGUGUCUAAGUCAGACAGUCAGAACUUCGCACAAAUUGAACUUUUGUAAGAUUGGAGAUGCAGUCAUUGCAAGUAACUGUGCCACUGUAGGAAUGUGUGUUUGGCAGCACACAGGAGUCUGUGGACCAACAGUUGAGCCAGGUGCCACACUGCUGAAGGUUUGUGAAGGCAGGGCAGGUGUCACUCCAAGAUUGGGUUUAGUGUAUGUGUUCAGCUUACAGUAUUCUCAUCCAUUGCCUUACACUCCACCUCAACAUGAAGCUUCUUGAAGGCUUGGUAGGAAAAUGUGCCAGGUUUCAUGUGUUUCUGUUCCUGGUACAUGAUCUCUCUCCUUUGCUUUGCCAGUGGUUGAGUUAAUGUUAUGUUAGGGGUUGAAGGUUUGCUUUUACUUCCAAAGAGCUGGUGCCCCUUGGUCUGUGUUGUUGACAGCUACCAGACAAGUGUGUUUGUGGUUGGUCCUGUAUGCAUUUGGCUUUUGAGGAGCAAGGCAGGAUGCACCAAACAUUAUAAAGGAGACACUGGAUAGGAGUGAGGCAGUGCUUGGGUGGGCGUGUGUCUGGUCAUUAAAAGGCAGGAGGAAGAACUGUAUGAUGGAUAGCUUAUAUAUAUACAUACCCUAUAUGGAGAGCUUGAUGUAGAGACCUUUUACUUUUUGAGGUCGUGGUAAAUGAGGUAUGUUAAGGUUUGGACAUAUGCAAAGUAUUAGUGUUUGGUUUGGGGUGUGUAGAUAUUAGGCAUUUAAGGUAUUGCAGCAUCUGAAGUGAGGAGAUCCGGGAUUGCUUGACAUUUUGGUGCAGAAACACAUGGUAUGCUUCAGGAAAAAUUGUGUUUUUAGUACCACAGCAGCAGCAGCAACAGCACCAUAACUCAUGAAUGCAACUUAUUGUUAUGCCAUACAUGUUUUGCCUUUGAUGUGUGUGUGUGUGUGUGUGUGUGUGUGUGUGUGUGUGUGUGUGUGUGUGUUGUCCAUAUACAUUGACCGAAGUAGUUUUGAUAAUCAGAUGUCUAAUUAUUCGGGCUUUUGGCAGACCUGUAAAAACUAUUGGAACUCCAUUAAACACAAUAUGUUCCUAGGGCAUCAUUGUUCUCCCAGCCAAUUCAGUUUUGCCAUGAGUUACCUUGUGUUAUGAUCUACCCCCUUUCCCACAACACCCUUCAGGAUUCACGUUUUUGUUCCAGUAAUUUGAGUUCUCCUUUAGAUGUAUCAGUGUAUAUUUCACGUAUCGUAGAUUCUGACAUAGUGUAGGUACCUAAUGCAUAUAAUUUUCUCAUAUUUCUGUACCUUUGCAGUGUCAUAUUGCAGUAUUCACUCCUUAUUUAUUCCUCAUGUGAGUGUUAAGUCUGGCACCAGCUGCUACACAUUCACUUAGCAUAGAGAGAGAGAGAGAGAGAGAGAGAGAGAGAGAGAGAGAGAGAGAGAGAGAGAGAGAGAGAGAGAGAGAGAGAGAGAGAGAAUUUCAUACAUUAAGUAAUACCACUAACUUUCCUGUAUACAAAUUAGUGUUACUUCCAUAUUACAAAUUAGUACUUUAUUCCUCAUCCUUGACCACCACCAGCACCACCGUGGAACAGAUCUGUGUAGGUUAGCCAGUUACUCUUCAUGUCACCAUGUUUGUCUUUUCUUUAGUUCUGCGUAUCGUAAUAUAUAUUGUUGUUUUUUUAAAUUUACCUUAUAAUUUUAUCAUUGGUUUCAUAAUCUAAGAAGUUCGAGAUUUUAUUUCUGGUGGUUGUUUUUAUUUUCUCGAGUUGAUGUGUUUCUUGUGAUCAGCUACGUGCAGAACAUUUGUUGUCCCUUGUGUUGCGUUCAUGCAGCAGCGGCAGCACUACAAGUAACUGUUGUAUACCUCCACUGAACAUGUCACCAUUGUCCUUAUUGCUCCGUGCGUGGUGUCAUAUCCAGAUAGGUCCUCGCCUUCACCACCACCAUUAAGUACUCCUAACUUGUUGUACUGCCUAUCAUUUCAUUCUAUUCACUAUUAUUAUUAUUAUUAUUAUUAUUAUUAUUAUUAUUAUUAUUAUUAUUAUUAUUAUUAUUCAGCCAGAUUAAUGUUGCCAAAGGUCUUGUGUUUAGACUCAGCUUAUUGUUUUGCUUUUUCCUUGUUUCUCCAUUAUUAUUAUUAUUAUUAUUAUUAUUAUUAUUAUUAUUAUUAGCAAAAAAAGGGAAGCUGCAAGAAGCCACUAAGCCCACACGUGGCAUUACCUUUAUGAAAUCGAUCCAUCCCACUCAUGAAUUUGGCUUAUUAUUAUUUUUAUUAUUAUUAUUAUUAUUAUUAUUAUUAUUAUUAUUAUUAUUAUACAGUAUUUGUAGUUUAACAUGAUGCACACAAGGAUGUCAUUAUGGUCAUUUAUUCGUUCAAGUGUGUGUGUGUGUGUGUGUGUGUGUGUGUGUGUGUGUGUGUGUGUGUGUGUGUGUGUGUGUGUUGUCACCAAUACUCCAUUUAACAUUAAAACUGACAUUUUUUUUUUUUCGAAGCACCUCCCCUCUCUCCUUUCUGUAAUACAAUGAGUAGUAUUUGACGCUGGGUGGAAGGGGCUGGGCUUGACCGUCAAGUUAAUCGGAACAUGCUGUAUAGGGAGGUAGGAGCGAUGUCUGGUGCUGGAAUGCUGCUGGGAAUGUUCUGUGUCUGAGUGAAAGAGAAAUAGAGAGGUCUUUGAUUUUGGGUUAACAUGAAAUAUAUUAACUUUAAAUUGGCGAGCAGUAGGAGCUGUAAAGGGUGAAGAUCGAGGAGGUGUGUGUGUGUGUGUGUGUGUGUGUGUGUGUGUGUGUGUGUGUGUGUGUGUGUGUGUGUGUGUGUAAUGCAGGAGGAAAUGCAAGAACCGCCGCUGAGGAGAGAGGUCGAGUGUGUCAAACCGGAGUGUUUUUUAAUGCAUUUUGUACUCUGUAUGUAUAUGUUUAGGUGAUAUUAUCAUAAUCCUAACUAUUAUUAUAUUAUGGUUAAUUCCCUGUUGCAUGACAUUUUUUCAAGAGUACCCCUUACCUUAUCUUACCUUUUUGUAAGCAGCUUUAAAACUCAUUUUAUGGCAGAGCGCCAUUACAUGUUUUGCUAUUAUGUGGUAUGUUUUUUUUUUUUUUUUUGUAUCUUUUUUGUACUAUUAUUUGACAAGGUUCAGUAUAUAAAGUAAAAGAUUCGGUUUGGUCCGAUGUUAAGUUACGUACCGCCGUCUGGAGGCUGUGGGCUCUUGUCGCGCACCACGACCCUCAGCUGUCGUCCUCCCGCUCCUGAACCCUAAAGCAAUGGAAACAGUCAGUCCACAGUGCAUCUGUCCAUAUGAAAGUUAUGUCUAUUUAAGCACCGUAGAUUAACGCUAAUUUAGACUACUUGAUCCGCUCAGCCGUAAGUUAUGGAGGGGACGCCCGCGAGUGUUGCAUCUCGGGGCACCGGAAGACGCUGAGGGUGCCGCGGCCCACGCACACCAGAUAUCGCUGUGGCUAGUCCGGUAUUAGUCUUAUGCAGGUUAGGUCUUCCCUAAAAAAAAAAAAAAGAAAAAUUAGCACAUUAAUAUUAAGUAUGUGUAUGCUAGUUAUCAUUAUUAUUACCAUAAUUAUCAUAUUUUUUGUCAUUGUGAGUUCGGAAUAACGUCUUGGCAAGCGGUUGGUGUUUGUUGAACACGAGUGCUAUUCAAGAAAUGCAUGGGAAGAAAGAAAAUGGAAUGGCGAGUACAGUGCAGCUCAGUUUCCUUCACCAGUUCAUUUAGCGUCACCAGUGUACAAGUAUAAUAAAUAAAAAAAAUGUAUUUGUAAAGAACAUAUGACUUCAGUUUUCAUCUUUACGAAUGUAAGUGUAUAAAGAACGAAAUUGUGAUUGCAAAAGUUAUAUUCAUAGUGCAACUACCCGCCUGUGGUUAGCUACUAUUAUAUCCUCCCAAGUAGCUCUCGUAGAAGUGUGUUCCAGACUUUUGCUCGUUCACCCCGUUUUUAGUACAGGUCACCGAAGCUCUUGUCUCGUGGAUUCACCCUCCCCCAAACCCUCAAACCUUUAUACUCAAUUAAUUUUAAUGUUUUCUGUCACUCAUUCACUCACUGACUCACUCGUUUGCUUCCUGUUGCUGGAGUGAGUUACGGAUGUUUUUAUACCUUUUUAAGUCAUGAGUUUAGUGAUUGGUCAGCAUUUGUGAGAGCUUUACUGUACAAAAAAUACUAAAUGUCAUGCAGAGUAGUAUGACAACAUUGUAUAGACUCCCCUUUCCCUGUCCUUCCCUCCUCUUCCCUCCCUCACACAUCCUGCAAGCUGUUCUGAAGGCUGCCGUCGCCGCCACAACUAUAGGGUGCUUGUUCCUUCCUUCCUUCCCUUCGUGAGGUUCGAGGGCUGAACACAACACAUCGCGAGACAGGCGAAAACUCACUCGCUGGGUUCACUCGCUGCUUCAAGACCUCGUGUUCUGACAAAUACCCAAACUGUCCCUGAAUUCUCGACUUCUUGUUAAAUUGUUGUUAGUCUCGUCUCGCCGUCGCUUCUUUUUUAACAUCAGUUCCUCGUGUGAUUUUCCUGCCAAGUGUGACACAGAAAACGGCGUCUCAGGUUGGAUUAAUUGUGCUAAUACUGUUGGAGGUUCUAUUUGGAUCACACGAAGAAUUUGGUUUGGUUAGGUUAACUACGCUACCCUACUACUACUUAACCUUAACAAUUCCCGAAGUAUCUGGGAUGGAUUAACCUUCAUGUGGUUCUAGUAUUUAUUUUCAUCUUCAUGUGUUGAAGGAGCGAGGCGAGGCAAGGGAGCGCGGCGAGGCGAGGCUGGCAGCGGGGAUAUUUCAGGAUAGGUUCACUGUCUUGUUUAGCGCCAAAUUGCCACAGCUGUCAAACUUUUAACAACUGUACAUACGAGUAUUUGCUUUUCUUUUUUUCUUUAUUUUUCAUCGUAUGAUUGUAUUUAUGCUUUGUACACUAACCAUUUACACUGUGUAGUCUGUUUCUACUGUAUAACAUGACAAAUACAUCUUGUGUAUAAAAUAA